AAUUUUUUUUCAUAAAAAUACGUUAGUUAGUUUCCAAAAUCUUCAAAAAGCAGCUAAAUAAUCUCUUUUUUCUCCAAUUACCUAACUUUGUGCUAAAAAAGUCUUCUUUUUCCUCCAAUUACUCCAACUUAAAGCUAAACUGGAAGUAAAAUUGGGUGUUCAACAAAAACAAACAUAUAUAUAUAAAUGAAAAAUGAUCUCAAAUUUAAAAAUUAUGAUUCUUUGUCAAACGUACCUACAAUAAUCGUCUCUUGCGCAGUACGAUAAGUACAAUCGUCGGUGAUAACCAUUCAAGCUCCACUUUAUAUAUAUAUAUAUAAUUCCAUUUUUUCCUAUUUUGCCUGUCCGCUGCUAUUAAUAUUACUAUUUGCCAACUUGCCAGAACCCGCGUAAAAUACCAGUCAAAAUUCAACCCCUCUUUUCCCCUUCAAUCUCUCUUCCAAAUUCCCAAAAUCCUCCAAUUUUAAUCAGAACCUUUAGUGUACGAGCCUGCCUUUUCCAGGAGCUAAUUAGUGCACGAGCCUUUUAUUUUUUGGCAAUCUUGUUUACCAUGUAUCGUUCGUCGAGUACUACGAGAGUAUCCGAAGAGUUCUUUUUCAAUUCCUCUCCGAGCAUCAAAUCAUCAAUUUCUAGUACUGGAAGUGAAGAGUUGCCGACGUUUAAUCCCCAAUCUCACAUUGCUAAAAAGGAAAGAAAUCGACUCAGAUCGGCUGAAAAUGCUAUUCAUCUUAUCCCCUUAGUAUUGGUGCUUUCAGCUAUUGUUUUGUGGGUUUUUUCUAGCCCUGUUAAUUUGGUGAAUAAAGCUGAUUCAAUUGUUGCCAGACUCAACAUUGCUGUGAAUCAACCUGAAAUCCACGAAGGCAGUUCAAAGAGAAGUUUCACAUCAAAGCUCGAGUCAGAGGACAUCAAUGCAACUGAUGACUCCAUAGAUCAAGAAAAUAACGAAUCGGAUGGAUGACAAAGUGAAGUUCCAUUGCUCUUGUAGAAUAGACACCAUCAAUCUUGGUUCAUACUUUAUACGUAUGUUAAAUUAGUGAACUGUAUACAACAUAUAUAGGCGACAUCCCAUUAGCAGCUUUUGGGAAAGGUUUAAAACUGUCCCAAAGCACCAAGUGUUAUGAUGAAAGGUUUUCCAUUAAGAUUGGUUGUAUGCUGAAGCAUGUUCCGACUUCUGAUGCGGAAGCAUAAACACUGCUAUUAGAAAAUUCGUUGUUAAGAAUUUAAUGACAAUACAAGAUAUCUUUUUGCUUUGAAA